AUGUCAGGCAUUUGCAGAACACGUCUCGCCGAAGAGCGCAAGCAAUGGCGGAAGGAUCAUCCCUUCGGGUUCUAUGCGAAACCCGCGAAAGCUGCUGAUGGUUCUAUGAAUCUCAUGGAAUGGGAGGUCGGUAUACCCGGCAGAGCUAAGACCAUCUGGGAAGGAGGUCUGUACAAACUGUCCAUGUCAUUCCCCGAGGACUACCCCUCGAAGCCGCCGAAGUGCAAGUUCACACCCCCGCUCUUCCACCCUAACGUUUAUCCCUCCGGGACUGUCUGCUUGUCAAUCCUCGACGAAGAAAAGUCCUGGAAGCCUGCCAUCACGAUCAAGCAGAUCCUGCUUGGUAUCCAAGACCUCCUCGACAACCCCAAUGUAAACGACCCGGCCCAGAGCGAUGCCUACACUAUGUUCAAGAACGACAAGGUGGCUUAUGAGUUACCACCCUCCCUUCGAUACCUGUGGCGAGGUCUUAGGAUGACUGGCACACCAGCUGUGCUCAAUAUCCAUACACCAACGUCAUCCUUUGCUAUCGUCCAUUCCUUUACACAGGAAACGCUGCUUGAUCUAUACAACAAACUCAGUCGGAAAGCAGGCACGGACUAUUACGGCCAGCGAGUGGGCCCGGGUUGGUUGAAAUACGAGUACAACGACGGAAUUUGGAAUUUAGAUGAUGAUUCAGACUAUACGAUCUUUACAUGGCGGCAGCAUGAGCAGCAACAGCACCAUGAUGAGAACUUGUCUGUGCAUAGGUCACACUCGCCUGAAGGCCCACCUGUGGCCUCGUCGUCAAAGGUCCUGUUACCAUCUACGCCCGUUAGCACGAGACAUACACCCACUCUGCACCUUCACGAUCCCAAGAGACCCCUCCCCAACACUCCAGAAUACCUCAAUCCGUCGUACUAUGUCUUCCACCCCUCACGGGCUCAUCCGCCCGCAAUGAGACGUUCUCCGGCACCUUCCCGGGCAUCUACACGGAGAAGCAAGAAAGGAAGGUCGAACGGGGGGCUUGACGACGACUCAGAAGAGGACGGUGUCCCCAAGUUCAAGAAACAAUUUGACAGGUUUCACUCCGAGAACGGGGUGCGCACCGUUAUGGGCAGUAUCGGGCCUGUACAGAAUGUCCGAAUGCUCCUCAAAUCGGGAUACAGACACGUCUACAUAUCGCGCAAGUUCGCGAUCAAGCACGGGUUCAUUCCGCCAGACGCUGCGCCAGGAAAUUACGGCUAUGGUGGAUUGGUGAACAUCGGAUCCUGGCCAAUUACCCUAACCCCUUCCUCUGCGCAACCGCAUCUCCCGACUAAAGGCUACCAGAAACCAGACGCCUUUGCGGUUGCGCAGAGGCCGCUAACGCCUAGUCCGUCGCAUACGCCCUUUUCUUCCCCGAGGAUGGUCUCUGGAGCGGUAUCGGGUUCACCUCCCCACCACCACGCUCAUGCCAACACAAAUGGGAAAGCAAAGACUGUGAAGAAGAAUCAACAGCACACGACGCCACCUGCUGGAGCGCUCGCGGGGUUGAAGCAGGUGAUGAUAGAGGUUUAUCUCUCGGAGGAGCCUCACUUCGACGUCGUCCUCGGUCGAUCAUUUUUUGAGAAGCGGCAAAUCAAGACAAGCUCGGUUGAUCCUACGGAUGUCGUCUGUCUGGAUACAGGAGAGAAGAUCGAGUGCCAACUUGUUAUUUUGAAGGAUGGAAGGGGCGAAAUCGUGACCGUCACUUGA